AUGCAUAUUAUUCAUAUGAGGGAACAUACGGUUACAUACCUGUGCUCUUACGCCUAUCUCUCAAUCUAUGAAUACAAUACAAGUGCGGUACCCCUGAGGUAUAAACGAGCGUUUUCUUACAUCGCAAAUGAGACGGCCUGUACUGUCGAUCACAUCGUCUAUAAGGACGGCGAUCCCAUACCGACGGACGACCCGUGCGAGUCAUGCAAAUGCAGACCUCCCGGCUUCUCGUGUGUACUCCGGGAAUGCGAAGUGAAAACUGGAUGUAAAGCCAUUAGAAGGGAAGGGGAAUGUUGUCCGGAAUACCAGUGCGGCUGCGAACAUAACGGACACUACUAUCGAGACGGCGAUCGUAUACCGAAUGCCGAGAGUCCGUGCUAUUCGUGUUACUGUCAGGGAAGCUCUAUUACCUGCUCUCUCGCCGAUUGCAAAUUCCGCUUCGACUGCGAACCAGAAUAUCUUCAGGGAGAGUGUUGUCCGCGAUAUGAUCACUGCCCACCAGAAAACAUUCCGAGUGUUACCGUCAAGAGUACAACUAUACCACUGUUGACCACAUUAUUCACCAAACCUACAACUCCAUCCACUCCUGUCACCACUCCAUCCACUCCUGUCACCACUCCUUCCACAACCACCACCACUCAGUUGACAACAUUCACCACUCCAUCCACUACUUCCACCACAACCACAACUCCUUCCACUAUUCCUCCGACUACAUCGACAACACCAUUGCCGCCACCGCUUUUGCCGUCGACUACUACAACCACAACCACACCGUUCACAACAACUUCGACCACAACUGCGGCCCCAAUGACUACAACAACACCAGUACCAACUGUCCCAUCAAUUCAGACAACAACCACACCUUUAGUCACAACCAAAACACCUGUCGAGACGACUAUAGCAUCGGUGGAAACUCAUUUGACUUCAGUCACCAAAUCAUUGCUCACAACUUCAGUGCCGACAACUUUGCCGGAAACGGACGCUCCGACCACUAGUAGAUCGGUGGCCGAGUCGAGCGAACCCGUGACCACAAAUCAGCCAAUAAUCACCACAAGCCAAGCCUCUGAACCAAUUUCAUUGGGCUUUUCGACCGAAUACUCGACGUCUAACAUAACGAAAGAGUCUCCGGAAACUACCCCUCCAGUCGUCGUUGAAUUCACAACCUCUGCUCAAACCGUUGUCUCGAGUACUGAAAUCCCUGCCAUAAGUAUAGAGACAACAACGACCGCGAGUGGCGAACCAUCCUCUGACUCUUCGGUCACUUUGAAACCUGUUGUGUCCGAAACAACGGUUAGAAGCGAACCCAUCCCUCAGACAAUCACUCCAACACCUAAAGAAAGUGGAGAUGAUUUGGGCGUCACUACAGAAGCCGUAACAAAGAUUCCCGCGAAGACCAGUGAUAGCCCAACUGAAAGACCAGAAACGACCACAAAUGUCGAGAUUUUAGUCAAUAAAACAGAAAUUGUCACAGAAAUGAGUCCCGAAGUGACCACAACUUUAUCGCCAAAAUCCUCAUCUCAGCCAUCAAUGGCUGAAGCGUUUACAGAAAAACCGCCCGAAGAGGUCAUAACAGUUGCCAUAGAAGUGACGACAGAGAGUGGAAAAGUGGAAGAAACUACUGUUAAACCAAUUGUCAUAACAGCUAAACCCGAAGAAGUAUUGACGACAACACCCGCACACGAGAUGACAACAAAAUCAGAGCUUUCAAUGGAGACUAUUGAACCAAAACCAGAUACCACUGAAAAGGUUACAUUUGAAACAAAACCGAUAAUAAGUGUUACUGAAAACAUUGUCCCGGAAUCGAGUCCGAGUGUAACGUCUAUUAAACCCGAUUCUGAAAUCAGCAAAUCUGAGACAACUUCGCCCGUCGAUGAAGUGGUUACCAAAGAAGUGACGAAACUCGAAGAACCCAAAGAAGUAACGACUCCAGAGGCACCAAAAGAAGUGACAAAACCAGUAGAACCACAAGAUGUGACAAAAUCAGAAGAACCAAAAGAAGUGAUGACUACAGAGGCAGCUAAAGAAGUGACAAAACCAGUGGAACCAAUAGAUGUGACAAACCCAGAAGAAUCUAAAGAAGUGACAAAAUUAGUGGAACCAAUGGAUGUGACAAAAUCAGAAGAACCAAAAGAAGUGACGACUCCAGAGGCACUCAAAGAAGUUACGAAACCAGUGGAACCACAAGAUGUAACAAAAUCAGAAGAACCAAAAGAAGUGAUGACUACAGAGGCACCUAAAGAAGUGACAAAACCAGUGGAACCAAUGGAUGUGACACAACCAGAAGAAUCUAAAGAAGUGACAAAACCAGUGGAACCACAAGACUUAACAAAACCAGAGGAACCCAAAGAAGUUACUCCGGAUUCAGUGACAACUGAAAAGAUUGCAGAAAGUUCUCAAACAGAGGCUAUUGUAAGAGAUAUGCCGUCAGAGGCAACGACUCAAUCAAUUGUCAUAACUUCUGAGGCAAACAAAGGUAUGGAUGAAACCACACCUAAAGUCGAGGAAAUAGCAAAGACUGAAUCAAAACCUAACGAAUCGGGCGUAUCAUUAGAUGCUAUGGUGGAUGUGGUGACACCCGAUCCCACUAUUAUUAAAUCAGAUGAUCUCCAUAAAGAUAACACUUCGGAAGCGACUAAUACGGAGAGUAUUACUACAAAACCAGUCGAUGGCGAAAAAAUGACCGACUCUGAAAUGACCACUAAAAUGCCAUUAUUUGAAACAACCGUUUCCGUCAUAAUUGGCGGCCAAGAUAUUGCUGUCACCACAACUGCUCCCGAAGUUAUUAAAGAAGUGUCGCCCGAAGUGAUCACUGAAUCUAUUAAAUUGCCAGAAGAGGUGACCACAAGAGUAAGUGAAGUAAAAGUUAGCGCUGAAGAAGUUAAGUCAGAAGAGCCGCCAAAACCCGAAGAAGUGGUAACAGAAGUAAAGACAAGUUCCGAAAUGACGACAACUGUUGCCUCAGUUGUCAGUAAUGAAGAGUCGAAAGAAGCGACGAUUGGCUCAAACGUAAGCGAAGACACAGUUAUUACGAGCAGUACUGAAGAGAGCGCUAAACCGAGCGCUGAAUCAAUUACUACUGAAAAUAUGGUUUCAAUCAAAUUGAAUGCCAAUUCGUCGACCCCUUCCUCACCAGUCAGUGAAGAAUCGCAUUUUGUGACGAUAACGACGACCACAACAGCAGCGGCCAUAAUAACUGAUCCAUCAGUCGAAACAAAUAACAAAACCGAAGAUUCUAUGGACACAAACACUGAGAUAAUAAAAUCACAAACAGAUAAGGAAUCCGUUUUCACGAAAGACUUAGACAUUGAAUCAAUUACAACGACAAUAAGCUCUUCAAUUAAUUAA